AUGGCGGAAUCCGAAUCCCCCAUUCUGGCUUUGAUCAGACAUCCAUUUGUGGAAACCUUCACUUUGCUCUACCUAGCUUUUCAGGAAAUACUCAGAUUUAUCUUCGCUCCCGUUCCACCUCCUCCUUCGGCUGCAAAAUCGGAUGUUACCCAGAAGAGAGUCGCUGUCAUCGGUGCUGGCUUGACUGGAGUCUCUUCCGCUGCUCAUUGUGUAGGUCAUGGCUUUGAUGUCCAAGUCUUUGAGUCAAGAUCGAAAGAGAAAGGAUUGGGUGGAAUAUGGAGCAGGGUCAAUUCCACCUCAGCACUCCAGGUGCAUAGUUUGAUGUAUCGAUUCCAUCCUUCAGUCCACUACGAUAGCGCCUAUCCAAGUCAACAACAAAUCAAAGAGCAGAUAGUUGCUCUAUGGGAACGAUACGACCUUGAGCGGCGUACGGUCUUCGACACUCGUGUUACGUCCGUUAAAAAGACCAACAAGGGCCAGUGGAUUAUAAAUGACGACGAAGAUAAAUACGGAUUAUUUGAUGGUGUCUUAACAGCCGCAGGUGUUUGUGGAGAUCCACAGAUGCCUACACUGCCCGACCAGCAGAACUUUAAGGGCCAGAUCUUCCAUUCAUCUAAUCUCGACGGUAAAGAUGCCAAGGGCAAGAAAAUCUUGAUAAUUGGUGGUGGAGCUAGUGCAAUUGAGGCGCUGGAGUUUGCCGUCAAGUCUGGCGCAGCCGAGAUUGAUGUCUUGUCGCGAUCUGACAAGUGGAUCAUUCCGCGAAAUGUAUUGGUUCAGUCACUGCUUGCCAUGAAUGUAUUCGGUCAGGAGACUUACCUUUCUUGGAUCCCUGAAUGGUUUCUACGCAAAUUCUUCUAUCGCGACCUUCAAGAUAUUGCACCAACGAAAGAUGGAAUUUUCACCCAGACCCCCAUGGCAAACUCGGAACUUUUUGACCAGAUUCGUGCUGGCAAGGCUCGUUGGCUGCGAGGUGAUAUCGUUUCAGUGGAGGAGAAUGGUAUUUUGUUCAACCAUCGGGCGCAAGGUGUGCCCAAGGGUGGUCCGGGCAAAGAACAAGUAGUGAAGGGUGAUAUUAUUGUUAUGGCUACCGGCUUCAAACGUCCAUCACUGAAUUUCUUACCAGAUGUGGUAUUUGAAGAGCCAUAUGGACCGCCAAAUUGGUACCUUCAAGUCUUCCCACCACAGUAUCCGGAUAUCUGUGCAAACAAUAGCACCUACGUUAACGCCAUCGGUACUGUUGGUAAUAUGCACAUUGGAAUUUAUACACGGUUCUUAAUCAUGUUUUUGAGCGAUCCGUUGACACGUCCGACGGAAGAGAGGAUGAAGACCUGGAUUGACUUCACUCGGUUCAUGAAGCGUCUUGCACCUACGAAUGCCUUCGAUUUCUUCACCUAUGCAGAACUCAUGUAUUGGUACACAUUUGUACUGAUUGUUAAUCCCUUCCGAUGGAAAUGGGCGCUCUUUGUGCUCUUUGGAAUUGGACAUGCUUUGCCUAUGAUGGUUGUUGAACAGGAGAAUGCAUUCCGCGAGGAGUUGAAGGAGCAACGCAAAGUCAAAUAA